AAAUAGAAAAUAAAUCCAAAACAAUGUAUUCUUCAUCAUCUGUAUCAAAACGCUUCGUUCUAUACCCUAUCGUGGUCGUGGUGACCACACAACUCCUUCUCGUACGCAGCGUUUCUUCACUAAACCUUACCAAUUCAUAUCUCCACCACAAAUGCUUAGUCAGUGAAGGGAAAUACAAGCCGGGAAGCAAGUACGAGAAAUCACUCGAUGAUAUCAUCCAAAGCUUUUCAAAUAAAGAUAAAAAUUCGUAUGGUUUUCGUACUGGUUUCAGCAUGACGGCCUACGGUAAAGAACCUGAUAUGGUCGCCAUCACUUACCAGUGCCGUGUCGACUCUCGCGGGCCCAAGUGCCAGUCCUGCGUUGUCACUGCCGGUUAUGAGCUUCUUCGUAAGAGAUGUCCGAGAGAUAAAGGGGCAAUAAUAUGGUACGACCAAUGUCUUGUGGAGUUUUCUUCGUCAGAUACUUCUGGGCAGAUUAAUUACGACGACAACUUUUGUAUGCCCAGCGCGAAGAACCUGAUCGGCAAUUCAAUUCCUUUAGAAGAAAGGUUGCAUCUCCUCAACAAUCUGACAAAGAUGGCGGUCACUAAAAUAGAUAAAAACAUAGAAGGGAAAUAUCAGCCUGGAAGUGUAUACGAGAAAAACCUCAAUACACUCAUCCGUUCCACCUCAGCCGGCAAUUUUCGCAGCGGUUUUGAUCAGAUUUCGCAUGGUAAAGGUCCCAAUUCCGUAACCUUCAUGUACCAAUGCCGUGGCGAUUCCUACGGGUCCAGGUGCCGCUCCUGCUACACCACCGCCCUCUCGGCGCUUCGUAAGAGAUGUCCGAGAAACAAGGGGGGAAUAAUAUGGUACGACCAAUGUCUUAUGGAGAUUUCUUCCAUCCGUAACGACGGAAAGAUCGAUUACAACAACAACUUUUGUGUGUCUAACAUGAAGAACGCUAGCGGAUCGCCACUGGAGUUCAAACAGAAAAUGGUCGAUUUCCUACUAAAUCUGGGGUUGAAAGCUACCAGUGAAGACAACAUGGACGAGAACAACCAAGCGGUGCUGUAUGCGACGGGGGAGGAAAGAGUUGGGACAAAGAAGCUUUAUGCGAUGGUGCAGUGUACGAAAGACUUAUGGUUGAAGACUUGCUAUGCGUGCUUGGAAUGGAUUAUCCUCAAGGAAUCGGAUUGCUGCGACGGUAAACUAGGAGGGAGAGUUUUCAGUACCAGUUGUAAUUAUAGUGUAUUGUCCUUGAACCAGACCAAUGCGUAUCUAAACCAUAAAUGCAUCAACGAACAAGGGAAAUACAAGUUGGGAAGUCCAUACGAUAAAAACCUCAAUAGCUCAUACAUUAGUAGGAGAUGUCCGAAAAACAAGGGGAAAAUAAUAUGGUACGAUAACUGUGUUCUCGAGAUCUCUUCAAUCGAUACAUUCGACAAAAUUGAUUACCAGAACAAUUUCUAUAUGUACAACGCAAAGGAUGUGAGCGGUGAUAUUGAGUUGUUCAACAAGAGUACAAGGGAUCUCCUUCAUGAGCUGAAGGAGAAAGCCAACAUUAAGAGCAAGAAGGAUUUCAUGUUUGCGGCAGGGGAGAAGAGUCUUGGGGAAAAAAAGUUGUAUGCAAUGGUGCAAUGUACGAAAGACUUGACACCUAACAAUUGUAAUGUGUGCUUAAAUUGGAUUAUGGCGAAGCUUCCUAAAUGUUGCAAGGGUAAACAAGGAGGAAGAGUUUUGAGUACGAGUUGUAAUUUUAGGUAUGAGAUGUACCCUUUUCUUAUGAUUUGAAGUCUAUUAAAAGUAAGGACCUUUG